CUUCUCGUUUUCCUUUUUUUUUUCCCCAACAGCUCAUGGUAUAUGAAACCAUGCAUCUCCCGGUCCCUCUCGUCUACGUACGCGAACUAUAAUCGUCUAAUAAUUCACCUCUGAUCGUGUCGUCGUCUGCUCGUGUCACUGAUGGCAAGGAGCGGGCACGGGGUCGUGGGUCUCGCUCUCGCCGUCGUCGUGGCGGCGGCAGCGACGCUGUGCGCGGCGCAGACGACGAUGACGACGGCGGCGGCGUCGGUGCAGCCGACGGCACUGACGAUGCCGAGCUGCCCGGCGGCGCCGCUCAGCCUGUCCCCGUGCAUCGGCUACGCGUUCGGCGUCGGGUCGGCGACGCUGUCGUCGUGCUGCUCCGAGCUCCGGGCGUUCUUACGGUCCCAGGGUCCGUGCCUCUGCGCCGCGUCCAGGCUCGCCGCCGCCGGCCCGUUCGGCCUGUUCCUCGGCCAGGCGCAGGCCAUCGUCCCCAACGUGUGCAACCUGCCCAGCAACCCCUGCGAUGAUGUGGCCGCGAAAAGCUCUGAGCCGCGCUCCGCGACGCCGGCGGCACUGGCACCGGCCGCUGCACCGGACACGCCGGCGAUGACACCGUCUGCGGCGCCGGCUGAACCGGAGGCGUCAGAAGCACCGCCGGUGCCAGCCGACGAUUCUCCUGCUGCCACCGUGACGGCGCCGGGAGACGCUGGAUCGAGCGCUGGUUCACAAGUUGCAUCAAAGCUGCCAGAAUUGCUGCAUUCAGCAGGUGUACGGAACUCCAGAAAUAUGGCUGCUGCCGCUGUGAUCACUCUGUUUCUUGUUUAUGUUUCAGCCAUGUAUGUGUAAUCUGCUUAAUUAGCAGCGUUAGUAACUUUCAGUUAUCACCACGCAUGUAUGAUUUUGUCUCCAUCUUGUAAAGCAUAAAUUGUGAUUGCACGUUACAAGAAAUAAUCGUGAGAAAGCUACUAGUUGAAACUCUAAA